UCACUCUUGUUAAUGUUACUGUUCCUCACAGGAGACGGGGGGAGAUCAAGGAGCCCACACACUGUGCAGUGUGUGCGGAGGGGUGAUGCUUCGAGAGCGCAUCACAGGACGACAAAACCCCACUGCAAGACGCAGAGCCAGAAUAGAGCAGCUUUGGCACGAGAGCUAUUUUCCUGUAGGUUGUAGAGGGGAACAAAAAGAGUAGAAAUCGUCUUCGUUUCCCCUAAGAUACUUCUCAUGAUGCCGGAAUCCUCCUGGUCGUCUUUGUUGGCCAGUAUACAGAGACAAUGUAGUUGAGAGAGAAAGGGGAACUGCACCGGUGGAGAGAUCUGGGGAUGAAUGGACAUGGUUAUGGGUGAUUAAUUGCAUUUUCAGCUGGAGAACAACACUGGAUAUGCUCAGAAAAAGUGAGGAUAAGUGAGUUUCGGGGCCCACAGGAUGGACACUGCGGAGGUGAUUCUGUCUGUGUUGGUGGUUGUGAUUAUCAUAGUAUCGUUGCUCUCCAACGUCCUGGUGCUGAUCUGCUUUCUGUACAACCCGGAGAUCCGUAAGCAGGUCCCCGGCCUGUUCAACCUCAAUCUCACCUUCUGCAACUUGUUGCUGACAGUGUCCAACAUGCCGCUCACUUUGGUGGGACUCGUCAGUAAGACUCAGCCGGGAGGGGACGGCUUCUGUCAGAUCGUGGGCUUCCUGGAGACAUUCCUGUCCACCAACUCGAUGCUGAGCAUGGCAGCUCUGAGCAUCGACAGGUGGAUUGCGGUGGUGUUCCCCCUGAGGUACCACUCCAAAAUGCGCCACAAAGACGCAGCUUUGGUCCUCGGGUACACAUGGGUGCACUCGGUGUCCUUCUCCACGGUGGCCACCUGCCUCUCCUGGGUGGGAUACCACCGGCUUUACGCGUCCUGCACGUUGUCCAACCCGAGGGCGAGCAGCCGGACACCGUUUGUUAUAUUCACCGUCUUUUUCCACUCCUUUUCCUUCCUCCUGUCUUUUAUAGUGCUGUGUGUCACUUACCUCAAAGUGCUCAAAGUCGCAAGGUUUCACUGUAAGAGGAUCGACGUUAUUACAAUGCAAACGUUAGUGCUGCUGGUGGAUAUACACCCCAGUGUUCGCCAGCGUUGCCUGGAGGAGCAGAAGAGAAGACGACAGAGAGCGACGAAGAAGAUCAGCACCUUCAUCGGAACCUUCAUGAUCUGCUUCGCUCCCUAUGUGAUCACAAGGAUCGUGGAGUUAUUUCCAGCGGUGCCUAUCAACCCUCACUGGGGAAUUGUUUCCAAGUGCUUAGCUUACAGCAAGGCAGCCUGCGACCCCUUUGUGUACUCACUGCUCCGACACCAAUACAGGAAGACGUGCACUGACAUCAUCAACAGGCUGCUGAAGCGGAGCUCUUUGAACGCAUCGGGGCGCGGACACGAGAACCAAGUCAACAGCAUAGCAACUGCAGAGUGACCCGGCAACUGUCAGGGAAAUAUGAGGCUGAUUUAUCGCCGAUUAAGAACAGAAGAAAUAGUGCUUGUCCCUGUACAUGUCUGCUUGAAUUUGGUCUGACAAGCCAAAAGAAAGCGACUACAGACAGAGGGCAAAUCCCCGGCACCCUGGAAUACCACUGUGCUUGCAUACUGAAACUCCAGAACGGCAGAUCAGUGCAGUGAACUUGUGAGGACAAUGAGAAACGGGAGAUUUCACAUCCACCGGAAGAGACAGAUGUGCUCACCCAAGAUGAACGGCCAGUUAGCCUCAUUAUUCUGACAUGGUAGCUUUAAGUCUGAUAUAAGACAUAAGGAUUUAGUUUUACAUUACGUCUAACAUACAUUCUACGGAAGCCCUGAGAGGCAAGUGAGAAAAAAUACUAAUGAUCCGUUUUCUAAUGUCUAUAGCUAAAGGGUUUUCUCUCCUGUGUUUAUGUCUUAAGAAGAGGUGAUUUUUGUUUCGCCUAGAUACUUUUUCAUCAUAUGUAAAUAAUUAAACCUUUUCCCACCUGUUUCACGGAUGAAAAGAACACCCUAGAAAGACUUUCCUGGAGCAGAAUCUUUUUUUUCUAACUUGCCAGUCAGGGCUUCUGUAAUGUUUACAUUGUAUUUUUUAAAUGAAAGAAAGGAAAGAAUAGAAAAUGGCUGUUUGCCGAUUUAGUGACAGGUUGAUGCGUUCACACUCUAUGUAGCACUAUAAACUAGCCUAACCAAAACUAACAGUCCCCAAAUUGUAUUACAGAUGGAAACGUACAGCAGACUGCACAGCUUGGCUCAGGUUUACAUUGCCUUGAAGCAUAAUGGCCAAUGAAAGAUAAAGCUAUGUGACUAUGUGAGACUUUGUCUGUGUUUCACGUGUGGUAUUUGCGCACCAUUUAGAAAGACUUAUUGACCCAGCUAAGCAGAGUUUUAAAGGUAAAAAUAAGCCUUCAAACCGACUGCCUUUGCUGUCAUGACUGACAUGUGCCCCUCAGGUUGAUUAACUUAGCCAAGCGUGAUUGACAGUACUCGGGCGGAUUUGUACUCACAGAAAGGAGUGACCGGGAGCGACAUGCUUUUUGAUUUCUCACACAUUUGGGCUGGAUGGAAAGGAAGGAAAAAUGCAUCUGAUGUCCUUAUUUUCAUCACUUGGGAGAGUGACUAUAACUAAUGACAACAUUUGAUGUUUAAUAGCAAUGACAGUCUUUCAUGAAAAGCAAAAAAUAGUAUCUGUUUUCUGCUUGGCAGUCAGCAUGUAUGUUAUUUAUUGAGAUGGAACAACUUUAAGGAUUGCAGUGUCCCUCUUUUUACUCUCACAUUAAUUGGGCGCACAUGAUGUUUAUUUAUUUAGUCCCAUUGCUUGUGAAGUAUUGUAGUUUCAGGUCUUUGUUGAAGACCUAGUCCAAGAGCCUUCUUGACUGACAAAAGUGUUAUCUGACUCAAUAAAUGUUGUACCUAUUAUAUUUUUGUUCUGUAACAGAAGAAAGGCAGCUCUGUAUCAGAGGGCUUAACUUUUUGUAGAGUAGACAUCUGUAAAUGGAAGUCCUCGACGCCUUAGUUUAAUUAAAAAAAGGAAUAAAGAAGACGUUUUUGAUGGAUUUGGUGUUCUGUCGGUACAACAGUAAGUUACUGUAUGUAUCACACACAGUGCCAAAACGAUCAAUGAC